UAAACUCAUACACUGAGCGCUUCCUUUUUCUCUGCAGCAGAAGAAAGGACCAUGGACGGAACGUUGGUUAUGAAAACCCUGAUAAUAGUGGUGGUGGGUGCAGUCUGUGGAGCUGUUCCCCUGAAUCCACCCAGUGAGGAGGACGUCUCUAAAGCCCAGGACUAUCUGUCCAAGUUUUUCUCUGAUGUGGGGGUCAGCGCUCCCAACAACGUGUGGCGAAGCUCUUUGGAUUCUUUUGAGGACACUCUCAAAAAAAUGCAGGAGUUUUUCGGCCUGGAGGUGACGGGGCAGCUGGAUUCCAACACCCUGGAUGUGAUGUCUCGGCCUCGCUGCGGCUUCACCGACGUCACCAGAUACGGUCACUUUGACGGUCAGCCCAAGUGGGACAAGCCUGUGGUCACGUACAGAAUCACUGACUACACUCCAGACUUGACCCAAAGCGUUGUGGACGUCACCCUAGCGAACGCUCUGAAACUCUACAGCGAUGUGGUUCCUCUGGAUUUCCAGCAGAUCUACAGCGGUGAAGCUGACAUUAUGAUCAAGUUCAAGGCUCAAGACCAUGGAGACUUCGCUCCGUUCGAUGGACCCAACGGCGUCCUGGCCCAUGCCUUUUCCCCUGGAGACGGACAUGGAGGGGACACCCAUUUUGAUGAAGAUGAAACAUGGACUCUGACUUCAACAGGAGCCAACCUCUUCCUGGUGGCAGCCCAUGAGUUCGGCCAUGCUUUGGGAUUAUCUCAUUCUCAGGACAAAACAGCGCUGAUGUUUCCAACCUACCAGUAUGUGAAUAUCGAGGGAUACACACUACCGAAUGAUGACAGGCAGGGAAUACAGGCGCUGUACGGUGCAAGAGUGACCACACCUGACCAGGGUCCACAGCCGACCACCAGACCAGAUCCUCAACCACAACCUGGUCCCACGCCAGAACCUGUUCCAGACAGGUGCAGCAGAGACCUGAUUUUUGAUGCUGCAGCUUUGAUUGACAGCAAUCUUUACUUCUUCAAAGACGGAUACUACUGGAAGAAGAGGAGCUACUGGGAUGGCAUCACUACCAGGAAGAUUCAGUCUGUUUGGCCUGGAAUCCAAAGAGUCGACGCUGCUUAUGCGUAUAAGAGGCGCAACUAUGCCUAUGCCAUCCUCUUCGAAGGUGAUCGUUACUGGAAAGUCAUCGGUCGCUUCGUCCAACCUGGUUACCCCAAACCAAUCCAAGACUUUGGCUUCCCUUCGUCUGUAACCAGCGUAGAUGCUGCAGUCCACGUGUCGACCACCAGCAGGACUCUGUUCUUUGUGAAGAACCAGUACUGGAGCUACAAUGAGAGACGGGGUAAAAUGGAUCGUGGGUAUCCCAAACGGAUUCAGAGGGAGUUCCCUGGAAUUGGCUCCAAAGUGGACGCUGCUUUUGAGAACAGAGGUUACCUGUAUUUUUCAUCUGGAUCCGGACAGACGGAGUACGACUACAAGAGGAGGAGAGUGAUUCGCACUCUGUUAAACUAUGGAUGGAUGGACUGUGAUUAAAGAACAAAGAAACAAAUGCAUUUACACAUAAACUAAGCAUGUUUUAAUUCACUAGUGGAGCCUGUGCGUCAUUAGGAUUUUCUUUAGAAAUCUAAAAUACUUUACAAAUAGCAUCAUUUUAUAGACAACUACUGAUUGUAGUAUUUUGUUUUGGGGAUAUUAUUCAACUCCUGCAUGCCUUUUAGCAUCUUUGAGACAAAUAUUUACAGUUACUGUCAACCUAUCAUCCAGUGAGAGGACAGAAAUUCUUUAUUAUGAAUAUGACAGUUUUCACAUUAUCAUCAUCUUUAACAAAGAAAAAAACAUAACUGAAAA